CUCUGCCGAUUCGCGCUCUCUCGUUUAUGCCUAUCACACACACACGCACACACCUGUUUACUUGUUGCGCACUCUUCGCGCUCGCGUUGCGUGCACGCGUUCAAUUUCGACUGACUGUAUUCACGCGUAUUAUGUGUAUAUGUGUAUCGCCUCUGCUGAAAAUUCAAGCGCAUGAUCUAUAUCUCCGACUGCAGAUCGGCUAAUAAACGACUUCCCUUUCGACAAACGCUUAGCUUCCGUGGCUGAUACGUUCCCUCUCUUUCUGCCUAUCUCUUAUUAUGUAGAUCAGCGACGAUCCCAUGGCGCGUCGGAGCGCGCAAUUGACGCGCCGCUAUGCACAUGUGCUAUGCUCUCGGCAUGUACAUACAAGCGCAUAAAUCUCUCUCUUUAAAGCACGCGCGCGCGCAGUCAGCGAUCUUGAAACGCAUGUACACAGCAGACAGCUGAGUCGCAGAAAGAGAGAGAGAGAGAGAGAGAGAGCGAAAGAAUAAGGCGAAAGAUAAGGAGCGCGCAUGUAACUCGUUCGCUGACAAAGCAAGCGCUCGCUGAUAACUUGAGCAUAUAGUCGCGAGCGCGAGCUUUACCAUGCGCGCGUGAAGUUCAGUCUGAGAAAAGCUACCGCGGCGAUCGCCCACAGCUCGCCGUCGUCGUGGUCUAUUCUUAUUUUUCCAAUUUGCAUGAAACGCCGAUUAUUUAUGUGAGCGACGUCACGGUACGCGCGAACAACAAGAGCAAAGCCGGCAUCGUUUAGCGCCUGCUGCAUCUAUCCGGGUGUAUAUAAGUCUCUCACUCUCUCUCUCUCUCUCUCUCUCUGACCAAGAGACUCGUCAAGGUCGUCAGUCGACGCCUCAGCGUUCGCUGAUAAGAGACGACGCCGAGUUUGUGUAUCGCGUAGUUAUCGCGGGAAACUUGCCUCGUCGAGAUGGGCGACUGCGGCGAGAUGAAGGCACAGCCCCAUCGCGAGCUCGGCGACGAGCAGAAACUCCUCUCCGGAUUCGGUCCUGGACGCGUUACGCCGAUUAUCGUACAGAGCUCCAAGAGCUGCAUAAGUGAUGACUCCAGCCGGUAUGAUCGACUGCGUUUAACCUGUUCGAGAGAUGAAAGGAGCAGGUUUCGCGCAGGACCAGGUCAGCGGAAGCUUCGUCGACGAGCUGUCCUCAAGAGCGGCGAGUGCAACGUCCUUCAAUCCCGCAUCUCCAGGCGCUCACUGCGCUUUCUUCAGGACAUCUUCACGACCCUCGUGGACACCCAAUGGCGCUGGACCCUUCUCUGCUUCGCCCUGAGCUUCUUGCUCUCCUGGCUCGUGUUUGCCGGGAUCUGGUGGCUCAUCGCCUUCACCCACGGCGACUUCGAACCACGACACAUGGUUGACGAUAACUGGCGGCCCUGCGUCAGCGAGCUGCACAGCUUCACCAGCUGCUUCCUCUUCUCCAUCGAGACGCAGCACACGAUCGGUUACGGAGGCAGGUCCACCACGGAAGAGUGUCCCGAGGCCAUAUUCGUCAUGUGCAUCCAGAGCAUCUCCGGAGUGAUGAUCCAGGCGUUCAUGGUGGGCAUCGUCUUCGCCAAGAUGUCCCGACCCAAGCAGCGCACCCAGACCCUCCUCUUCUCGCGCAACGCCGUCAUCUGCCAGAGAGACGGCGAGCUGUGUCUCAUGUUCCGGGUCGGCGACAUGCGCAAGAGUCACAUCAUAGGAGCGACGGUCAGGGCACAGCUCAUACGCUCGAGGACCACAAAGGAAGGCGAGAUCUUGCCGCACAAUCAGCAGGAGCUCAAGGUCGGCGCGGAUGGACAGCCCGAGAGCCUCUUCUUCAUCUGGCCGUGCACCGUUGUGCACAGGAUCGAGUCGGACUCGCCGUUCUACAACCUCUCGGCCGAGGACAUGCUGGCCGAGAGGUUCGAGCUCGUAGUCAUACUCGAGGGCACGAUCGAGUCGACCGGGCAGACUACUCAGGCGCGAAGCUCUUACCUGCCCAACGAGAUUCUCUGGGGCCACAGAUUCGAACCGAUGGUCAGCUAUUCGAAGGAGCGACAGGGUUACGAGGUCGACUACUCUCUCUUCAACAGCACUCUGCAGGUCGACACGCCGCUCUGCUCCGGCAGGGAACUCGCCGAGUUCUACCGGCUGCAGGACGAGCUGCGCCACACCUCGACACCAGGUUAUCCCACCGACGAGCUGACGAGCGCGCAGCCGACGGCCUGUAGGCACUUCCUCCAGCUGCCGGUGCCUCACAUACACGAGCAGAGCAUGGAGGACCUGGGCCAGUCUAUCAUGAGGUACUGUGGUUGCCCGGAACUCCGAGUCCCAUCGAACCGUCAGCAUCUGAAACAAAGGCACCACGUGCUGGAUUACGUGGAACAGCAGCAGCGAUCGUUGAACAGCUCCAGAAGAAGUCUCUGCAGCUGCAACCGAGACGAGAAGCCACCGCAGAAGCAGCUGCUUCUUCAAGCAUUGGGUCAGCAGAAACUCUAUUCCACGGGUAGUUUCAACAGUGAGCAGUUCGAACAUGCGGUCAUCUCCAGGCGCAACACCGCUAGUACAGACCAGCUCAAUGCGUUCUCCAGGCCGACCAGUAAAAACCUGCGCGAGAUCGUCGUGCACAAGCAGCAGCAGCAGCAGCAGCAGCAACAACAACAACAACAAAAAUCCCCUCAGCAUGCUCAAGUAGAGGAAAUCGUUGGCUCGACUGCAAGUACGCCCUGCUCGAGGAACAGGAGGAGCUAUCAGCGGGCGCAGGAGCAGCUGGACGUCUCCAGCUCCAGCAACAACUCCUCCGACAGCGAGCAACAGUUGCCUAUGCCGACCUUCACGAGUGUCUAGAGUACUUUUAUUUUUCAUUCCAGCAUGAGACGCAGUAUUUUUUCUCUUUUUUUUUUUUUUUUUUUUUUUGUUGAAUCGCCUAAUUACCACGGUCCGCGAAAACGAGACGCACCUCCUCGGGUUGUUUGAGUGGGUGAUUCGAGCAAACAACAACGUCAUGCAAAUUGUCAUACGACUCUAUUCUUGGUAUACUCGUUAGUUCUCAUGUAAAAAUAACGGAAAGGCUGUGUUCAUUAACGAUGUUCAAUAAUCUUCAUGUAACGUUCGAUAGAAUGUUAUCACUCGUGAGCGCGUAGGACGCUUCGAUAAUUGACUCAAGGCAUAUAACGUGUAUACUCGAACGAGACAUGCUUUUUUCAUUAAUUCAAGCUACAUUCGAUAACGGAGACCGACGCGGGGAGACGAUGAAUGAUUUUCCAGACCGAACGAUUUCCUAAGAACAUUUAUGCUUGUUCUUGCUCUUCAUUUUCCUCUUCUCGAUAAAAUAAGUAUUUCAAGUGCAAUUUCUAGAUAUAUACUACAAACAUAUCGCGAGUGAUACACAUAUAGCAAUAGUCGCCGCCGGAAUGAACAAUCAUGAUCACAACGUGACAAUAAUGAUGUAUAGGCGUGUGUGACAACCAUGAUUAAUAUAUGAAAUAUGCGAGCGCGCGACGCCAGGCAGGCCCGGCGUUUCUUAUUUUUAGUCAUUGUGUGUAAUUUUAUUUAUGUGCAGCCUGAUAAUCCAGACGAGUCUGCUAGAAGAAUUUAGGAUGUAGUUAGUACCGUUUUUGAAACAAAAAACUUACUGAUCCGCGAUUCGCGCGACGAUGCUUUUUACUGUAAUACUCCUUUUUGGUUUACUCGAUUAAAAACGCAAAUUGCCAAACGCCUUAGUAUACGAAUGUAUAAAAGUGAGCGAUAAUUUGUAAAAAAAAAAGUUUGCUUUUUAUUGUAAAUAUAUAUGCGAUCGAUCGAUAUACAAAUGUAUGUAUAGCAAUUUUCUAAGCUGCCGGAUGUACUAUCGCAGGACGACGAGUUUCCGGACGGAAAUAUGUCGAUACAGCUGCCAAAGCCGUAUACUUAUACGCGCAGGAUCGUCGAUGACUACGCACAAAUAUUUCAAUUGAAUUGAACGACAACCAUAUCGAUGAGAAUAAAAUAAUUUUUAAACUGA